AUGCCAGGAUCACCUCUGGACGACAUACUUCCGGCGUUGGCCAACUUAGGAUUGGACACACCACAGAGGGCAGCCUGCUAUGGGACGCUGGUGAGGAUACUCGGGAACAUCCGAGAUGAUCCUACUGAGAACAAAUACCACACUAUAAAGAAAUCGGCAAAGGUUUUACAGAAUUCACUGUGUGAUGCACACACCGGACAACUAUAUGCCCCCGUAAUAGGCAUACUCAGGGAAGCUGGCUUCAAAGAGACCGUUGAUUCUUAUGUUUGGGAUCCUUCUAGUGAGGAGCAACAUGAGACCCUUAUUGAUGCAGCUGAACGUCUAGAGGAUCUCCACGAUGCCCUCAAGGCUGCCCAGAGUACCCAACCCAGCGCUACCGGUUCUGGCACGUUGGGUAAGAAGCCUACAGGCGGUCACUCACGGCAGUUCGCCCUGCGGACGGACGUUGAGAAAAAAAGACUCGUUCAAGAGCAGCAAAUGAAGCAAGUCAAGGAAGCUUCACGGGAUAACCACUCUACUGCAGAGAGUUUCCCUCUGCGUCUGGAAGUGAUCAUAAGCCUAGUAGAUGCCUCCUCUGUAGCACAGCAGCUGACUCAUCUGGCUGCCACUGACAAGGCUUGUGAGCUCUCCCUUAGACUGACUCUCAUGGAGUACCCUGUGUUGGCGAUAGUGCCUCCUACAGUUGAUAUAGACACUUCUCCUGUGAUCGACUUUGGAGGGCGAGGGAAGUCUUGCGACUUCACGAUUAAAGCGGAAGCCGUGGGGGUCGAACCUGUGCCUUUGUGGUUACUCCUGGUUCUCCGAGUGGGAGAAGAAGACCAAUAUCUACUGGCCACUGGAUGCUUCGACAUGCGGAGGUAUGUCGAGAACGCAGUUCUCGGUCCGCCCACGAUGGCCUCAUUCGAUAAGCUUACAGUGGCGUUGGCGCCUACCGCUGGUACGGGGGUGGCUGCUGGUCCCGGGCUCGACAGACUCCACAGGUGCAGCAUCAUCGUCAUCCGUGGAGGUCUCUCUCUUCCUCCGAAUGUCGAGGAUCAGUAG